AUGAAUAAUGUAGCAGUUGUAGUACUGGGUGAUAUUGGUAGAUCACCUAGAAUGCAAUAUCAUGCACUGUCAUUGUCAAAGCUUGCCAACACAAAGGUAUCGUUGAUUGGUUACAAUGAGUCGACACCGCAUCAGUUGAUAAGAGAGAACGAGAACAUUAAGAUCUAUGCUCUCAAGCCAUUCCCUGCACUCUCUGAGAAGGUCAGAGUCUCACUGUUGUGGCCAGUGUUGGCUGCAAUGAAAGUGUUGUUUCAGAUCAUCCAGUUGUUCUGGGUGCUGAUGUUCAGUGUACCACGACCACUCAACACAAUACUCGUACAAUCACCACCGGCCAUUCCAACUAUCAUGGUACUACAGAUAGUUGCUAGACUGCGAUCGAUUCACCUCGUCAUCGACUGGCACAAUCUAGGCUAUACACUACUACAACUAUCAAUCAAGAAGGAGGAAUCACAUCCAAUCAUUAAAUUCGCUAAAUGGUCAGUUCAAAUUAUAAUUGUUAACCAAACUAAAGUAUUCAUUGUAUAUUCUUCUAACUUGAUUGAAAAAACAUUUGGAAGAAGUGCAUAUGCACAUCUUUUUGUUACUGAAGCAAUGAAGAAUACCCUUGUUAAAGAAUGGGGAUUAAAGGGAAAAACAUUUGUAUUACAUGAUAAACCAGCACCAAUCUUUAAGUAUAUGGUUGAAAAAGAAAGAUUGGAGUUCUUGAGACAUUUCAAAGAGAAAUACAAGAUUAGUAAGGAGAAGGAUGUAAAGUUUAUCGAUGAUGUUCUAUCGAGAAAGACAGUGAUGGCGAUUUCCUCUACCAGCUGGACACCGGAUGAAGACUUUUCGAUUUUGUUGGCAGCACUCGCUGAAUACGAUCGUAUGCUACGCAGAAAAGGACUUGGCGAUCGUCCAGACCUGUUGUUUUUCAUCACCGGCAAAGGACCACAGAAAGAGUACUACGAAGCCAAGAUUGCCGAGCUCAAUCUAGCUCGUUGUCACGUGAUUACGGUUUGGCUCGACUCUGAAGACUAUCCAAAGUUGUUGGGUUGUGCCGAUGUCGGUGUGUCACUUCACCGAUCGUCGUCCGGUCUCGACUUGCCUAUGAAGGUGGUCGAUAUGUUUGGAUGCUGCGUUCCAUGCUAUGCAGUGAACUUUAAAUGCAUAGAGGAACUGGUGAAGCCUGGCUUCAAUGGCAGAGUGUUUACCGACAGUCUGAAUCUCUCACAGUAUUUCUUUGACGAUUUCAUCGAUUUCCCAUCGACCAAGCUCACCAAAUUCAGAGACAAUCUACGUUCUGAACGUGAUCAAAACACAUGGGAGAACGAAUGGAAGUCUGUCAAACCAAUAUUCGAUAACAACGCAACAACAUUAAAUGAUAAAAAGAAAAGAUAA